AUGGCCCAAAAAAAUAGGCCAAAAAAAAAUAGGCCAAAAAAAAAUAGGCCAGAAAGAAAUAGGCCAAAAAAAAAUAGGCCAAAAAAAAAUAGGCCAAAAAAAAAUCGGCCAAAAAAAAAUAGGCUAAAAAACAAUAGGCCAAAAAAAAAUAGGCCAAAAAAAAAUAGGCCAAAAAAUAAUAGGCCAAAAAAAAAUAGGCCAAAAAAAAAUAGGCCAAAAAAAAUUAGGCCAAAAAAAAAUUAG